GGAAAAAUUCUGGGGCCCCAUCCCUGCAGCCGAAUGUUUCUCAUCUCCGAAAUGGAAAUUGAGAAAGCUUAAUGCAUGCUAGCCUUGAAUCAAAUCAUCACUGAGUUUUGUUUAAUCACGCUUCUUCUCCAUCUCGCAAGAAUUCAACAAGAACCAAGAGCAGAGAAAAAUGGAGAAGAUCUCACAGGCUUGCGCUGCAAACCACGAGCUUAACGAUGGAAAAGAUGCCAUUAACAAUGUCUCGGUCUGUGGUUAUGACUCGCUCCAUCAACUCCUCGCUCAAAAUCUCAAACCUCAGAUUUUCCAGGAAGUUAGCCGGUUGCUUCUAGGACUUAACUGUGGGAAGCCGCUUCAAACUAUUUCUCUUGCAGAGCCUGUGAAGAGUCUUUCUCUAAAGCAUGGUUUUGACCUCCAGGCUUUUUGCUUUCAUGCUGACAAGGAAUCAGUGAGAGAACCUCGAAUAGUAAGGGUGGGUCUCAUUCAAAAUUCUAUUGCUCUUCCGACAACUGCCCCCCUUUCAAACCAAAAGAGGGCUAUUUUUGAGAAAGUAAAGCCAAUUAUUGAGGCAGCAGGUGCUUCUGGAGUCAACAUAUUGUGCUUGCAAGAAGCAUGGAUGAUGCCAUUUGCUUUCUGUACCCGGGAGAAGGGGUGGUGUGAAUUUGCAGAGCCAGUUGAUGGGGAAUCGACGCGGUUUCUUCAGGAUCUUGCAUUAAGAUUCAACAUGGUUAUUGUAAGUUCCAUUCUUGAGAGAGAUGUUAAUCACGGAGAAACUUUGUGGAAUACUGCCGUUGUUAUUGGAAAUAAUGGAAACAUAAUUGGCAAGCAUCGCAAGAACCAUAUACCGAGAGUUGGCGACUUUAAUGAAAGCACAUACUAUAUGGAAGGAAACACCGGGCAUCCUGUGUUCGAGACAGCCUUCGGGAAAAUUGCAAUAAAUAUAUGUUAUGGGAGGCACCACCCUUUGAACUGGUUAGCUUUCGGGUUAAAUGGUGCUGAGAUUGUUUUCAAUCCUUCGGCGACCGUUGGUGAACUCAGCGAACCAAUGUGGCCUAUUGAGGCCCGAAAUGCUGCAAUAGCAAACAGUUAUUUUGUCGGAUCGAUCAAUCGUGUUGGGACUGAGAUUUUCCCGAAUCCAUUCACUUCAGGCGAUGGGAGACCGCAACAUACAGAUUUCGGUCACUUUUAUGGAUCCAGCCAUUUCUCUGCACCAGAUGCAUCUUGCACUCCCUCACUCUCUCGUUUUCGAGAUGGUUUAUUAAUCUCUGACAUGGAUCUUAACUUGUGUAGGCAGCUGAAAGAUAAAUGGGGGUUCCGAAUGACUGCUCGAUAUGAGUUGUAUGCCGAAAUGCUCGCUCGGUAUCUAAAGCCUGAGUUUGAGCCUCAAGUCAUUUCUGAUCCUUUGUUAAACAAGAAGGCUUCUUGAAGAAUAGGCAACUGCUCGCAGAGCUUUCUCGACGUUUUAGAAUGGAGACGAGGCUUUUUAUCCCAAACCAUCUCCUUAUUGCACACACAAACCAUAAUUGGAAUGAGAAGUAGGUCCAUGUAAAUGGUCGAUACCUCGCAAACAACAACGCUCCUUCCCCAUAUGGAGUUUGGAACCCAAAGGCAAUCGUUGAGUGAACUGUAUCUUCUUUGUGUUAAUUGACCUAAGUCACACCACUACUGCUGGGGUGGGGCUCAGCCUUCGAACCGUACGUGAGACGAGUUUCUGCCUCAUACAGCUCGGGCCGAAGACCGGGGGAAGAUUAGGAGAGAUGGGGAAACCGAUUCCACUAUUGAAAAGUGUUUCCUCAUAUUUUCUUUCUUGUCUAUCUUCGAACAACCUAAGGAAGGUACCUCACAAGCUUUUGGAUUUCAUGGCUAAGACUGACUUUCGCAGAUUUUAGGUGAGGGUGGAGGAGUAGGAUAGGAGGUGAGUGGUUGAUAUACCGGGGAGAUUUUGGCAAUAAGGGUGGUGCUAGGGCUCCAGACAAUUUGGAAGGAGGAGUUGGAUCAUAAAUCAGAGUUUCUUCCAAUGUUUGAAGAGGCAGAAUGAUAACAAAAAAGAAUUGUACAUCAUCAUUUUUUUUUUAAUUGUAUCAUGUAUUUACUAUUUU